AUGUCUACAAACAAUCAUACGUAUUCACCUCCUUCGAAUGUAUUAUGCCUUCCGAGCACAAACCAACUCGAAGCUUUGUUGACUAUAAUCAGGGAUAAAGAUACUAACCGUGGAGACUUUAUUUUUUAUGCUGAUAGAGUAAUUAGGCUCCUUGUUGAAGAAGAUAAUAUAUUUUUUUGGCAAAUAGGGUUAAACCAUUUACCGGUAGUCGAAAAGAAAAUUAUUACACCAACAGGAGCUGAAUACAAUGGCGUUUCGUUCAAGGGUAAAAUAUGUGGUGUGUCUAUUAUGAGAGCUGGAGAAUCAAUGGAACAAGGAUUGCGUGAAUCAAUAAAGGCUAUAGAAGUGUUGAUAUCUCAUGGUGUCAAAGAAGACAAGAUAUUAUUUUUGAAUUUAGUUGCAGCACCUGAGGGUAUUAAAGCCGUUACUUCAAGGUUUUCUAAACUCAAGAUUAUAACUGCACACAUUGAUCAAGGAUUAGAUGAGAAGAAAUAUAUUAUACCUGGAUUAGGUGAUUUUGGUAAGUCAGAUUUGAAAUAA